AUGGUUUUGAUCACUGAACAACUAAUUCGAAAAAAAUCCGAACAUAAUGAAUUAAUUAUUAGUACAUUAGAAGAAUUGUCCUUACAUCAAGAGGAUAUUGAAAAAAUUGAACAUUUACAUAAUUGGUGCCGUGAUUUAAAAAUCCUUCUUCUGCAAUCAAAUCUAAUUAGUAAAAUUGAAAAUUUAUAUAAAUUAAAGAAAUUAGAAUAUUUAAAUUUAGCAAUGAAUAAUAUUGAAUUAAUUGAAAAUCUUGAACAAUUAGAAUCACUUAAUAAACUUGAUUUAACAUUAAAUUUUAUUGGUGAUUUACGAACUAGUAUAGAGAAUUUAAAAAAUAAUUAUAAUCUUCGUAUAUUAAUUUUAACUGGUAAUCCAUGUACUGAUUAUCCAAAUUAUCGUGAUUAUGUAAUUGGAAAAUUAAAACAACUUGAAAAUUUAGAUAAUAUUGAAAUAAAACCAUCUGAUAAAAUUCAAGCUUAUAAAAAUUUAGAUAAAAUUCGUUCAGAUAUUGUACAAGCUGAAUUUGAAUAUAGUAUUGAAAGAGAUGAACAAAAAAUUCGUGUACGUUUACAAAAAGAAGAAUUGGAUAGAAAAAUGCAAGAAAUUGAUAAUGAACAAGAACGUGUAAAAUUAUUUUGGAAUACGAAAAGUGAAAAUUGUCCGGAAACACGCUGUGACAUUUCAAAACAACAUCGUAAAGGAAAGAAUUUAGAUGGGAACUCAGAGAAAAAAGUAAAAAAAUGUCCAAAAUUAUUUGCACCCUGCGGUAGACCAUACAAUUUAAAUCAACCAAAAUUAGAUUUUAAACUUUUAGAUGAAAUAGAUCGUUAUGAAUUGGAGCUGUCUGUGUAUAAGUUUAUGGAUACUUCUUUAUUAAAAUGUGAUGUUCAACCGAAUUAUGUUCGAGUAGAUGUUAAAGAUAAAAUAUUUCAAUUACAUUUACAAAAUGAAGUAAAAUGUAGUGAAUCUUCGUCGAAACGUAAUCAAAUAACUGGACAAUUGUUAAUUGUUAUGCCUAAAUUGAACUAUAAAGCUACCGAUAUUAUUAAAACGCAAUCUGAAAAUCGUGAACAUCAGAAACAAAGUAGCUCAAACAAUCCAAAAGACAAUUUGAAAGGCACAGUUAAUUACAAAAAUAUCGUUAAGCCGAAUGAAAAACAAUUAGAGUCACAGACCAAUUCUGUAGAUCUAAAAGAAAUUCCAGCUUUAAUUUAAAAAAAAAAAAAAUAUAUAAAAUGAAAAUUGAAGAAACAUAA